AUGUGUGGAGCUAUGGCCGUCGGCCAGCGACACGUGACACUCAACGGUCGAGAUGUGCCAGAACUCGAGGAGGUGGCACGGGCAACGAAAGGCCUCACGAACCGAAAGGCACCCGGCCAUGACUCCCUCCCUGCCNUCAAGGUGUGGAACGGGGGAGAUAUUCCGCGAGAGUGGAAGGAUGCAACCAUCAAGGUGCUGUACGAGAAGGGUGACCGGUCCAACUGUAACAACUACAGGGAGAUUUCGCUACAAUCUCACGUAGGCAAGGUCCCCAUCAAGAUCAUUACCAACCGCCUAAGCGCCUUCUGCGAAGCCAACAACAUCCUCCCGGAGGAACAGUGCGGAUUUCGACCCGGGCGAUCCACCGUCGACAUGCUGUUCGUCGUGCGCCGCCUCCAGGAGCUGGGGCGGAGAAAGAAAAUACCGCUCUACAUGUGCUUCGUCGACUUGAACAAGGCGUAUGAUUCGGUGGACCGAGAGAUGCUAUGGAAGGUGCUGGCCAGGG